GAUCGAGGUCGCUUCAACAAAAAAAAAUCAUGGCUGUCUACGGUCAGAGGUUGCGGGACUUCCUUGAAUAUAUUGCUUAGUUUUGAAUAUGGGAUAAUUGUGACUUCAGUGUAAGAGCGAUUUUCAAUGGGUGUGAUUACAAGCGCGAAGACGUCCUGACUGGUUCUGUGGGAGAUUCGUGUCAACCAAGUCAUGUAAUGCUGUCACGCUGCUCAAACGAACCUCUGGGAAGUUGUCACUAAAGACGUGGAGCUCUGAAAUUGCCUAUGAAGUGAUAUAUAUGCGUAUGCCAGAAGGAGGAGCUUCAAAAUUUUGUACAACAACAUGACUGCACUUGCCAUUUUUAUUUGCCGACCAAAUUCACAUCCAUUCCAAGAACGCCAUGUUCCCCUCACUGAGCCUGUGAAGAUAGGGAGGGCCGUGGCCCGGGCAAGACCUGCCACCAAUAAUGCCAUAUUUGACUGCAAGGUGCUAUCCAGGAACCAUGCACUGGUGUGGUAUGAGGGUGGAAAGUUUUACCUCCAAGACACCCGUAGCAGCAAUGGCACCUUUGUCAACAGUCAACGCCUCAGUAAAGGAUCAGAGGAGAGCGUCCCCUGGGAGAUCAGUUCAGGGGAUAUUAUACAGUUUGGAGUGGAUGUCAUGGAAAACUCCAGAAGAGUUACUCAUGGUUGUAUAAUCACCUGUGUCACAUUGUUCCAUCCAGAUGGGACUGAAGCCAAGGCAGACUCCUCACUCCCCACCUCAGGGACUAGCUUAGGCAGCCAAGUUCAUUCUCAGGAGCUUUAUCAACUGUCGCAGUAUCUACAGGAAGCACUGCAUCGAGAACAGAUGUUGGAGAACAAGCUGGCCACACUCCAGAGGCUGGUCUCCAGUACACAAGAGGCCUCCGAGUCUGGAUGGCAGGCCCUAAUAGAUGAAGAUAGGUUGCUGUCCAGGUUAGAGUGCUUAGAAAACCAACUUCAUAUUUAUGGCAAGAACCACACAGAAGAGUCUUUGCGCCAGGAGUUGGUGGCACUGCAGGAAGAUAAGAGCGUCUACGAAACCACCGCUAAGGAAUCUCUUAGGAAAGUAUUGGAAGAAAAACUUGAAGCUGUGCGAAAGCUGUCAGAUUUAGAGCGAUCAUAUAGCAAUACAGAAGAUGAGUGUAGCCACCUCCGGCAGUUGUGUGAGGGAGCUCAGACAGAGCUACAGGAGCUGGCAGAGAAACAUGAGACCCAGCUCAAGGCUGUAGCUGAAGCCGAGCAAAAAUUACAGGAGGCUGAGCUUACGCACAGUGAAGAGUUAGAAAAAGUUAGACAAGAAAAGACAGACCUGGAAGGCAAACUUGAGGACAUGAUCAACCAAGAAAAUACUCUGUCUGCCAAAGUGGAGUCAUUACAGGCAGAUAAUGAUUUCACAAAAGAGCAACUGACUGCCAUGAAAGCUCGCCUAGAGUCCCUUAAAGAGCAGAGCUCAGGGAUAGACAAGGAAACUGACUCACAGAGUGUACAGGUGGACAUCAUAUCUAUAGACAAGUUAGACAACGAAAGUCAGGAGAACAGUAAAGAACUGGAAGACCUGAAAACCUCUGCUGCUACAGUUACUGUUACUGCUGGUGUGAAUGUUGUGGAUACUGAUAGUAGUGAUAACAGUGACAACUCUGAGUCAGAGACAAACGGGGAUUUUAAUAAGGAUGAUGUCACAGACGGUGACAGUGCCGAGGUGGCUUUUGUAAAAGGUAAAUUAAGAGAAACACAAGAACAGAUAGAGAAUUACAAAAAACGAUUAGAAGAUUCUGAGAAUCGGUUACAGGAAAGUAAAGAAAAAGUGGAUCAGUUGCAGAACCAGCUUGAGCAGGCUCAGUUUGAAGUGGUUCAGUAUGUGUCCAAGGUGGCUUCACUGGAAGACAAACUCAGGCAGUCAGAUAUUCAAAUGAACCAAAUUAUGGAAAAUACUGUGGAUGAUUUAAAGUUUCAACUAGAAGAAUCACGGAAACAAGAGGAGCAAAGCAAAGAGCUCUCUAGUCAACUUCAAGAACACAUAGAAGAACUUGAAGCAGAACUAGAGGAAUUAAAGAGUUACAGACAUGAACAUCAAGACCAGGUAAUGAAAUUACAAGCAGAACUAGCUGAGUUGCGAUUGCUGAAACACGAGCAUGACCUCCUGAUGGAGUCACGACAGGACGCAUCUGAUGUUGAUGCCCAGAAUGACUCCGACUCUGACAGCGGUAGUAUAGGGGCCAUUUUGGAGGCUGGGGGAACGCUAACCCCCAACCACAAGGUGAACCAUGUGCACCAAGAGAGGGCCAAGACACCCGAGGAAUAUGAGAGAGAGAUCGAAAAACUACAAGAGGACCACAGUGACACACAGGUGUCCCUGGACAGUGUUAGCUGUAAAGUCGUCCUACUUAAAGAACUGCUGAGUGAAGCUAGAGAUGCUCAGAAGAAAAGCAACCAGGAAGUAGACAGAUUAAAACGUGAGCUGGAAGCUGCACAAUCAGAGGGCAAGAAGUCCAAGGAGGAGGCUGCUGGUCUGAGGUCACAGCUGCAGGAGAUGAAACAGACAGCCAAGACCAGUGAAGACAGAGUGGCAGACCUCCAGGAUAAAUUCAAUGAAGCAGAGGCAGCAUUAAAGGAAGUGAAUAUCCAAAUCCUGGCACUAAGAGACCAGCUCAUAGAGGAGCAGGGCCACACCAGGAGUAUACACGAGGAGGCUGAGGGCUUGAAAAAGCAAUUGCUUGCAGCACAGCAGGCAGCCAAACAGAGUCACAAUGAAGCAGAACAGCUUAAGGGCAAAGUUUCUGAACUUGAGGGAGAACUAGAAUGUUCCAGAUCCCUGCUGGAUGAUAUUAAGGGGAAAGAUAAGGAGACAGUCAAUGAAAAAUUGGCUUCCAAAAAUAGAGCAGAAUUUGCCAGCCUUAAGGAAGAAUGUGCCAACCUUAGGAGAAGAAUCCAAGUUAUAGAAGGGGAUAUGAAAGUUACGAGGAAGGAGAAUGCCCAGAUCUCUCAAGACUACUCCAAACUCCAGGAACAGUACAAGGAGUUAGAAGCCAUGAAGGAUAAGCUGGAGAAUAAGGAGAUUACGUGGAAACUAAAUCUUACUGAUGCGCAAAAGGAAGCUGAACAGACUAAGUUGGAGUUAACUGAAGCCAACAAGGAGAUUGCACAGCUCAAAGAGAGGUGUGCCCAGUUCAGUGAGGAGAUAUCCCAGCUGAAGGAGGAGCUAGUGGACAUGACGGAGGAGUAUCAGCUGCUGGCCGACAGAAGCAAAAUGUUAUCUGUCUGCUCCAUGGUUCCCCUUCUAAUGCUCCUGUUUGCCAUCUUGGUAUCACUGUAUCCAACCCUAGCAGAAAUCACAGCCACCACCUCCUGAUGAUGCCAACUCUAGGAUAGAUGGCACUGUACUCAACACAAGCUUGAAAAUUUCUCUGGCUCCUUUUCUCCAUCAUUACGGCACUGCAACCAGUGUUUGUGGGGUGACAGUCAUCAAUAAGCAGUAUUUUUUCACAAGACUUUCAGUAUGGGUGAUGUUGAAUUCAGAACAAGGUAUUUUGUUUCACAGAAUGCUGAAU